GCACCGAGCCCUCCACCCACGGCAGCUCCGGAGGCCCAGCCAGAAGUUUCCGGAAGAUCUCCAAGCCACUGAUGGAGAAGAAGCGCCGAGCACGCAUCAACGUGUCGCUGGGGCAGCUGAAGUCGCUGCUGGAGACGCACUACCCGCACCAGAUCCGGAAACGCAAACUGGAAAAGGCAGACAUCCUGGAGUUGAGCGUCAAGUACAUGAAAAGCCUUCAGAACUCGGUGCAAGGGCUCUGGCCGCUGCCCAGCGGAGCCGAGUACCCGUCGGGGUUCCGCGGCUGCCUGCCCGGCGGGAGCCCGCUCCCCCGGCGCGGCGGGGAGGGCAGCGGCGGCCUGCGCUGCCCCCUGGCGCCCGGGCGCGCGGGCGGCAGCACCACGGACAGCUCCGGCCCCGGCGCGGACGCGGCCUCGCCCGGCGGCGCCUCCCGUUUGGACGUCCCCGCGGCCUGGGCUCCGGCGCCGUCCGCCGGCGGCUCCUGGUCCCCGCCACCCCGGCUCCGCCUCCAGGCAGGUCUCCCUGGCUCCGGCACCAGCGCCCCAGCGCCCCGCAGCCGAGCCGGGAGCCCGGGGCCGGGGCCGCGCGUCUGGCGGCCCUGGUGA